CGUCCUGUGGUUCAGGAAACAGCAGUUGGCUACACGUGGAAAUUACUUUCAUACGUGGCUUGGAUUAAUGCGCUAUUCUUGCGGUUAAUUGUAUGUUACAGAUGUUAGACGUGCUUACUGAACGUUAACUAAACUUGAAACAUUUUACAAUCAGGUCAUAUAGUCACGUCAGUAAAUGGCGGACGCAGUUGUCGAAACUGAUGUCGAAUGCAGAAUCAGUGAAGGAGAUUAUGUUGUUUUGAAGAGAGGUGAUGUUUACAAGUCUGUGCAAAUUGACAAGAAAAAGAAAGUCAUUUUCGAAAAACAGUGGAUCUUCUUGGAUGGUGCCGUUGGGGAAUUAUAUGGAUCGACGUUUGAAGUCGAUGCUGGUGGGAAACUCGGUCUACGAAAAGCCAGCAACACAGGAAAUUCCACAGGCGAUGGAGAGACUAAAGAAGCAGGCCUUGAUAAUAGACACAUAGUAGAUGAUGGUAAAUCUCAGAAACUGACGAGAGAUGACAUUGAAUCACUCAAAGAGCAAGGGUUGAAGGGCCAGGAAAUUAUUCAGCAGCUUAUAGACAAUAGUACAACAUUCAGGGAUAAAACUGAAUUUGCUCAGGAGAAAUACAUCAAGAAAAAAAAGAAAAAGUAUGAGAGCCACAUAACAGUACUGAAGCCUAGCACCCGUAUUCUAGCCAUGAUGUACCAUGGCAGAGAACCUGGAAAAGUAUGUCAUCUGCGGUAUGACACGUUGGCACAGCUGCUGACGCUGGGGAACAUCCAUGCGGGCAGUAAGAUUAUUGUGUUUGAGACGUGUGCUGGCCUCGUUCUCGGCUCUGUUAUGGAGAGAAUGGGAGGCUAUGGCUCAGUGAUCCAAAUGUAUCCAGGCAGAGGUCCGGUCCGAGCAGCCAUGGAGAGCUUUGGCUUCCCCUCACACUUCCACGACACACUGCAUGAGUUCCCCCUUUGUAAGGUCAAUGCCAUGCUGUCAGGAACACUGAACUUAGACGAGAAGGACCCAGACGGGCAGAGCGACGGGCGCCUGGGCGAGCAGUCUGCCUCCUCCCGGCUCUCCUCGGGUGGGAGCAAGGAGGGAAGCUCCGAGUCACAGAGUAUGGAGGUGUGCACACAGCAGGCCAGAGCCAAGGAGGUGGUGCAGACAGAGAAGCUGCGUGAUCAAAAAGCACAAGAGAAGAGAGUGAAGAUAGAGGAGAAGAGGAGGAGGCUGGCUGCUGCUGCUGCCCUGCUGGAGGGGCGAAAUGCAGACGGUCUAGUGAUUGCCAGCCGUUUCCACCCAUGUCCUCUGCUGCUGGGCUUGCUGAAGUUUGUGGCUCCAUCAAGACCAUUUGUAGUGUAUUGCCAGUACAGAGAGCCCUUAAUUGAAUGCUAUACAAAGCUUAGGGAGCAGGGAGGAGCAAUCAAUAUUCGACUGACGGACACGUGGGUCAGGCAUUACCAGGUAUUGCCCAACAGGACCCAUCCCAUGCUGCUGAUGAGUGGUGGUGGAGGCUAUGUGCUUUCUGGAAUCACGGUCUCUGCUGAAACUGUCACCUUAGGAGCCCGGCAGAACGCAGCAGGCGAGCCAGCUGCAAAGCGGAUCAAACGAGAUGAGAUUACCAGCACGAGUAACUCUUCUGCCUAGGCCUAUUGGUUUGGUCUAACUUAUUUUACUAAGAAGAAAUUGAAUUAGCCUCUCUCCUUGGAGAAAUUGUAUAUUACACCUCCAUUUAAGUUGCUAGGCUUUAUUGUACAAAGUCUGCUAUUUUAUCUGUUUCCUGAGAGCCAGUCUUUCUUUGAACAGCAAAGAGCUGCUUUUUUUUUAUUUUAUAGAAGCAUAAAGUGCCAAGAAGGAAAUGCAUCUGCCAUUUCAUGAGCCAAUGUGCCACUGAUGAAUUGCUUUAGUGUGACAAUUGUCAAUAAAAUGUGACACAA